AAAUAUACUAAAUCUUAAAUCACACAUUUUAAAAAUAAAGUGCCUUUUUGUCAUGUUAAAUCAAUGGUAAACUUCACGAUCUUUGGGGCACGGGUUGAUAUUACCGACUUCGUUCAAAUUUGGAGAACACUUUUUGAGCAAUCAAGUAAAACAAGAGGGAUAAGAACAAAAAAUACGAUUUUGUAAAAUAAGUACUACCCUAAUUACCAGUGGCUACUAACAUUUGACGUCUGAGUUUCGUCAUCUAGAAAUAAACCCCUGCCCUUGAUCCUUCCCCUUUACAUGCUCACAUUUACCCUCCGACGUACAGACUGUUUUUCUUUAAAUUGGUAUAUUUCCCGAAUUAAUACUUAAAGGGUCACGACACGACGGGUGUGGCACUAAGUUGGACGAUUUUCUAUCUCGGGAAUAAUCCCGAAAUUCAGGAGAAGGUCCAUCAGGAACUGAAUGAGGUCUUUGGAGAUUCAAAGGAAUCGAUCGCUAUGAAAGAAAUUGCAGAAUUAAAAUAUCUCGAUCGGGUGAUUAAAGAAACCCUCAGAAUAAAUCCCUCCGUCCCUGGACUUGGAAGAGUAUUAACUGAAGAAAUCGAAUUAGACGGAUUUGUAAUUCCGGCAGGUAGUAAGAUAACCAUGCACGUUUUUACAACCCAUCGAGAUCCAGAAUUCUGGCCUGAUCCUUCGAAAUUUGAUCCAGAUCGAUUUCUGCCUGAAAAUUCUAAAGGAAGACAUCCGUAUGCCUAUGUUCCUUUCAGUGCUGGACCCAGAAAUUGUAUAGGGCAAAAGUUUGCAAUGGUAGAACUGAAAAUUGUUCUUGCAGAAAUUUUAAGAAAAUGGAGGGUCAAAAGUGCGAGAACUCAAGCCGAAACGAAGAUGCAAUCCACGUUUGUUUUAAGACCUCAUGGGGGCAAUCCAAUUUAUUUUACUCCAAGAUGAGCAAAAAAUCUGAACCUGUACUUACUUUUAUAUAAAUCAUAUAUUGUGUAGAUUUAAGUAAGGUAGGGACCAAGUAGGUGUAUAGUGUUAGCUGACCUUAAAAAAGAUAACAACAUACUUACAUAUUGAGCAGCAUACAGGCACUUAUUAAUCUUUUUCUCACUUUAUCAGUGAAAAUGUUCGAAAAUGAUUAAUUUUUUGAUAACGAAAAAAAUUAAUUUGGGUCUAACCGAUAAUGUACAUUUUGGGUAUCUCUUUCCUAUGAAACAAUAGAGAUAAGAACAUUUGUAUGAUACCUUUUCCCUUAAUAUUUUAAUGUAAACCAUGAUAUUAUAAACGUUUGGGUGCUAACAGUGGUGUAGUCCCAAAAGAAAAAGUGGGAGGGGGGAUACAAGUAGAAAAAAGUUACGAAUUUAAAGAAAAUUUAUAACUUAAAGCUAAUUAGAAAAUCCAACUAUGUUUUGGGUAACGUUUGGUUAAAAAUUCAAUUAUUAUUUGGUCAAGAAUUCA